AUGCAAGCAGACGUACCGCAAGGCAUCUGGGCCGUUAAUGAUGAGAGUAGAGCGGUCCUCGUUGACUUGAAAGCAAUAGGCCAUUUGACCCCUCACAGCUCUGAGGCAGCAACGGCCAUCCUUUCGAGCUUCCUGGCUACGGUGAAGUUCUCCGACUUUAUGCGCAUCGAGGAUCAGCUCGAAGUUUCGAUCGUUGGGAGCAUGGUGCCGGCCUCUGGAUCGACUCCUGCAGAGGCUAUGACCUGUGCGCAAGUGGCCGGCUGUGGGGGCUUUGUCUCCAUUUCGGUGACGCGCAAAGGCUCCCCACACCCCCUGAUCAAGACUCUGGCACGCAAGGGCUUUUUGCACGAUCUGGUGUGUGGAAGGAAUCAGAACAGCCUCGCCAACACCACCCUCAAGGCCGACAACACCACCCUCAAGGCCGACAACGCCGCCCUCAAGACCAGGGUGGAUGCCAUCGAGGCCGACAACACCACCCUCAAGGCCGACAACACCGCCCUCAAGACCAGGGUGGAUGCCAUCAAGGCCGACAACACCACCCUCAAGGCUGACAUUGCCACCCUCAAGACUGCAAUGGCCUCACUUGCUGCUGUAUUGAACAAGUGGGAAUAA